AUGGCUUCCACACAACAGCAAGCGAGUUCUGGAUCCGACGAGAGGAAGAGGAAGAGAAUGAUAUCGAAUCGGGAAUCAGCUAAGAGGUCGAGGGUGAGGAAGCAACAGCGUUUGGAUGAAUUGAUUAGCCAAGUGAGCCAGUUGCAAAAUGAGAAUAACCUCAUCACCCAGAAUAUCAAUAACGCUACACAAAUGUAUUUGGGGGCUGCUUCUGAUAAUAAUGUUUUGAGGGCUCAGCUGUCUGAACUGACUGAUAGGUUGAGGUCAUUGAAUUCGGUUCUUCAGAUCGCAGAGGAGGUAAGCGGGUUGGCUCUGGAUAUUCCCGAACUUCCGGAUACAUUGCUGGAACCAUGGCAGCUCCCUUGUCCGAUACAGCCGAUCACAGCAUCCUCCGACAUGUUUCAUUAUUGA